AUGGCAUUCAUAAUCCAGUAUACACGACUGCGAAAGCAGGUUCUGCAGCAGUUGCAGGAGAUGGACGCGGUGCAAGAGAAGGACGAGGUCGUACCGACGCCAGCAGACGCCGAUGUGACUAACCAGUCGCAACCGGGUAAGCCAUACAACCCUUCACGCUAUUGCCAGAUCAGUGGAAUCACGUUGGAAGAGGAUUGUAACGGUGAACAGUACUUUCGAGUUGGAUGGGCAGGGCCGGAUGAUCAGUUUAACCCGCGGAAUUGGACCACGACACGACGUCUCUUUGCGACGCUCUUAGUAUGUUUGAUCGCUCUGGUAGCGACCUUGGCAUCGUCCAUUGAUGCUGCAGUCAUUACCCCAGCAUCCAAGACGUUUGGAGUAGCCGAGGUGGUUGAAUCGUUAGCCACGGGUAUCUAUCUGAUCGGAUUUGGCGUUGGCUCAGUGAUCGCGAGUCCCUUGUCCGAAAUGGUCGGUCGAUACCCCGUGUACAUCGGCGCCCUAUCACUCUUUGCAGCAUGGCUCCUGGGGGCAGCGUUGGCACCCAAUAUCGGAGCACAGAUUGUCUUUCGCUUUCUGGCGGGAGUGUCCAGCGCCGCUCCGCUCACUGUGGCCGGAGGAUCUGUCUCUGAUGUCUGGGAUACUCUGGAGAAGACAUUCGCCUUUCCCUUUUUUGCAAUCCAAGGAUUUGGGGGUCCUUGUCUUGGACCCGUCGUUGGUGCGUAUAUAGGCCAGAGCCCCCACAUCGACUGGAGAUGGACGGAAUGGGUCAUGCUUAUCCUGAACGGUCUGAUUAUUACAUUACUAUUCCUGUUCAAACGUGAAACAUUCGGUCCCCAGCUCCUUUACUACAAGGCUAGAUUCUUCCGACAGGCUACAGGUGACCCGCGAUUCAAAACCGAGCUGGAAGCUUCUGGGGUGGUGUCUGUAACCACAACAUUAAAGCGCCAUUUCAGUCGUCCGUGGAUCCUUGCCGUUGAGCCGAUUGUCAUAUUUAUGACCUUCUAUCUCACCGUGGUUUACAUCGUACUCUUCACGUUCCUGGAUGGUUACCCGGCCAUAUUUGGCCGUGUCCACCAUAUCAGCGAUGGACUUGCGAACAUCUGCUUCCUGGGCUUGUGGAUAGGUAUAUUGCUGUCUAUGUUGCUGGUUCCGAUUCUGUACAAAAGAACACAGAGACAGUUGAAGAAAGAUGGCGACGACGGUUCUGGAAAAGUACUCAACCGAGAAUCCCGUCUGUUCUUUGCCAUGGUCGGGGCUCCGGCACUUCCAAUCGGUCUCUUCUGGAUGGGGUGGACAGAUUUCUCUUCUAUUUCGAUCUGGUCCCCAUUGGUUGCCAGUGUCGCCGUCGGAUUUGCCAAUAUUUGCAUUUUCAUGUCGGCGUACAUGUAUAUCAUCGACUCAUACUUACACUAUGCUGCUUCGGCCCUCACAUUUACCGCUCUCGUUCGAUACCUGGCUGCUGGAGGCAUGACUGUCGUCGGCAUCCCGAUGUACAAUAAUCUGGGCGUGCACUGGGCAUUGACUGUGUUGGGUAUUAUCAGCGUCGUUGUGACGCCAAUCCCCUACGUUCUGUACUUCUGGGGACCGAACCUGCGAAAGAGGAGCAAAUGGGCCACGGCUAUUUCAACCUGA